AUGGAACGCUUCCGGUUCAGGGCACCUCCCCUCUCGCUCAAGCUGGCCUUCGCCGCCGUCUCCCUCUCCCUCGGCGUCUCCUUCGCCGCCGUCUCCUGCUCCUCCUCCUCCUCUCCCCUCCCCUCCUCGGCCGCCUCCUCCUCUCCGCGGCCGUCUCCCCGGACCGUAGCCGCCGACCUCCUCGCCGUCCUCGCCGGCCCGCGCGCCGCGGCGCGGGUGCCGGCUCGGGAGGCCUCGCGCCUGAGCUCCUGCCUCCGGUUCCUCUCCCCGGCCAACCCCGCCUCCGUGCCUAGCGCGUAUCCCUGGAGGGGCUCCCGGAAGGUUCUGCUGGAAGGCUGCGAUGCGGCCGAGGCGGAUGCGAUGGUGAUGUGGCCGCCGGCGCCGGUCUUGGAGCUGGCGCGCCUCGCCGUCGACUCCGGAGGCGACCCCGGGGCCAUCCACCGCUUGCUCGACCCCACCAUGCUGCCGGUGCCUGAUAUUGAGGGGACGAAGAAGAGUAAAUGCCACCUCACAAGAACACCGUAUGGAAGACACUUUGCUGACGAGGAAAUCAAUUCAUACUUUGCGUUUCUGUUUGAAUUGAUUGCUGCGCGAGGACCAUUGGUUGGAUUAAAUGUAUCACUGAAUCGGUAUGAUUUAUUCCAUGGGCAUCUUUUCCUGGCAUCUGGGACAGGAAGGCUUGGGAUUCUGUUUCAUGCCAAAGAAUAUCCAGCAUUUGAUAAAGAAUCGUUCCCUUACAAUUUGGGAUAUUGCCAGACUGAAUCUGAUGUACCGUAUGACGACUCUAUGAAUCUACGUAAUAUCCUUUGGUUAGCUCCAUUGCCAUCCAGUGAGACGAAAGCUUGGUUGGCACCAGGAGUGUUAGUCGUCUUGGAUGCACAUCCAGAUGGAAUUAUUUAUCAAGACAUGAUACGCGACUAUGUUCAGAUUGUACGGACAAUAUAUGAAGAUGAUUUUGGAAAGCAUGCUGUUGAUGUCAACUAUCUCAAUGUUGCCAACGCAGCGGCUCCAGCGGAUAGAAUUUUCAUUUGCUGA